AUGGCAUUGAAGGUGCUGAAACCGUUGAAAAGUGGCGGGUGGGCUCGCAGAAAGGUAUCCGCAAAGAAAAAGGGUAAGGCAAAACGUUUUGACACCCCAACUGUGAGCAACUUGCAUCCUGUCAUCGCGCUGACGUUGCAUCUAUUGUCUAUGGGCGGCCUGCCUUAUGCCUUGAUGAGCCUGGUUCAUGCGGUUGCUUGCAACAUGUCAUCGCCCACGACUACUAUUUCGGUGGCUGAGUUCUUCGCUGGAUGCAAGUCCAUUUGCAAUGGUUUCCGGCAGCAUGGAAUGACAGCGGUGAGCUUCGAGAUUGAAGACCGUGCAAUUGAAGACAUGCUCUCUGGGAUUGGAUUUGCAUAUGCCAUUUCCCUUGUGCUCCGGCUGCGGCGAACAGACCUAUUUGUGGUGUGCAGGGCCCAGGUGCGUGCACAUACCGAGUCCUCUUUGAUGUCGAGCUGCUCCAAAGGCUCACGCGAUCCUCCCAGUGACAUGGAGUCCGAUGGUGGCGAGUCUAGUUACUCUUUCUUGGAUGACCCUCUUUGGGACUGGGAGGGCUGUCUUCCCUCAGAGGGUCCAAAGAAAUAUGUAGCAGCCUUGCAAUGUUUGGGAUUGGAGCUUGCAAAAGCUGUCCCUAAGAACGUCCAAGAGAAGGCCAUUACGCCUUUGAAUGUGCCACCAACCCGGGACUUGCUUGUUGGGGUGUAUGGGAAGUCCACAACCAAAGAGAUCAAAAACUAUUGUGCAAUCCAUUGCUUGGUGACAUUCCGCGCCUUCCAAGCACGAAAGCCUUCGAAGGAAGAGUUGAAGAUUGUGCUUAAUGCUUUCAACCACUACCACCAGGGACUCGCCAUUCGUCCUUUUGAACCCGAGGAUGACUUUGAAGAAACCCGUGACCGGGUAAUCUUCAAACUGGGCAAGCUUUGGUCAGGUCUUCGCAGGAAAUGGCAGAACAGCCGACAUGCGUCUCGAAGCCCAUGGGUGCAGACCCUGAAAGAUUUGAUGCGCAACCCUGUCACCAAGGAUGCUGAGAGUGUCACGGAUGCUGAUUUGGAUGCUGAGACCGAGCCUUUGGGUGGCUCUGAGUCAUCCCCUGAUUCAGAGUCAUCAGACCCCAUCCCUGACAAUUUCAUGGGAGUAGUGGAUGUACCAGACUUCGAAGGGUCAUCGUCUUCGCAAUCUGAAGAUGAUGUUAGCGACUGUGGAAGUGAUGUUUGGAAGGGUGUCCCGACUUUGAGUUCCGAUGAAGAGGACCCCCUUCCUCUUACCAAUGGCGAAGAAUCCCAACCGGAACCACAUAGUAUCGUAUGCGAUGGUGAGGAAGCUCAUGCGGUUGUGCCAGUUCUUUUGGGUGACGACCCGGCCAAUUUCGAUGAGACGGACUGUGCUCGGUCGGUUUCGCCUGUGAACGUGGGGAACAGGAAGAAAAGGGGUCGGGGAAAUGCCAAUGAUGAAGUGGCCCCUGGUGCAAAGAAACCCAAGAAGAAGCUUCGACGUAAGGCAAAGAAAUCCAAGGCCAAAAAGGGUUCCCCCAAAAACGAACAGGGUGAAGAGGCUGUGGAACCAUCAAAGGAUUCUGUGCUUGAGUCAUUUGCCGUUACUUACCAAGCACUCAUCAAGACUCUACCGGUGUGCAUGUGGCCAACAUCGACAAAGCAUGGUGAGCACAGUUAUACAGUGUGGAUGGGCUCUGCUCGCGUUGAAGUGCUUCUUCGACAAAUGGCUUUCAAACCCAAGGCUGAUAUCAAUGGAGUAACCCUCACUGGUGAGUCUGCCCGAUCGAUCACGUUCGUGAAAGACGUGGGUGCUGCGUGGAAGACGGUGUGCGAGGUGCUGCGGCUUCCCAGCCAGGAUGGCAGCGACUGA